UAAAAAUCUGUAUAUUAUCUACUCUGAUUUCAAUGCGAAAAAUUAAAUAGAAACACAGCUUCAUUCAAAUCUGAAGAUUAUUUAUAGAUACAAUAAAACCCUGGCAUCAUCAAAAUGGUUCAAUGUUCAAAAUUUAAGCCUGAAGUUUUUGGUUGUCUCAUGAUUUCUAUUCUGUGCCUGGCUUUAUUUAUGACAUCAGUAAUAACUAAUGAAUGGGUCAAGGGAAAUGCUUCAAAUGCAGAAGAUUCAGCUGAUUAUAUAACAGUCAACUUUGGACUCUUCUCAGGACAUAAGGAGAAGAAUAGAGGAACAAAAAUUAACACAGAUCUGUCAGUUGUUUGCUACGAGGGUGUGUGUAUGUAUUCCUGCGGAGGGAUUGAAGAUAUUAAAGAUAUUCUCAAAGGAAAGAACUCCUCAGAGGACACCUCGUCUGGAGAUAAUAUCUGUAAGGAGAAAGGCUGGGAAAAUGAGGCUAAUUCUGCAGGAAUAGAUACAAACGGACCAAUAGCUGAAAAUAUGAUCAAGUUCGGACUCUGGCUUUCCACAAUCAUCUUCUUCUUCAUUGGUCUCACCUUCUCCCUCAUCAACAUAGUCUUAGUUAUUUUGAACACAGCUCAUAACCCAGUCAGUUCAAUUCUUGGAAUUGAUGGGCUUGUCAUUUGGAAUAUUGGAUCUUCUGUUUCUUAUUUACUAGUUCUAAUUCUAUGGGGAGCAUUGUUUAGUUCAAGGAUAAGUGAGAACCUUUGUAUCAGUGAAACUCUACGAGUAAAUGGUCUUCAAUGGUCUUCUGCUGGCCAGAGUUCACUAGGAUACAGCUAUUGGCUUGUUUUUCCCACAAUGAUUUUACAUAUGGUUAAUGCUGGAAUUCUUGGAUACAGGCAGUAUGCUAUGUAUUAUGCUCCUAAGUCAAGAAAUGCAAAGAAUCUACAAAUGAGAGUUCAAGAGUCAGCUGAUGGGAAGGAUAUGCUCUACUAGUUAGUAUUGAACUGGUCUAUCAAUUAGUUAGUAUUGAACUGGUCUAUCAAUUAGUUAGUAUUGAACUAGUCUAUCUACUAGUUAGUAUUGAACUGGUCAAUCUACUAGCUAGUAUUGAACUGGUCUAUCUACUAGUUAGUAUUGAACUGGUCUAUCUACUAGUUUGUAUUAAACUGGUCUAUCCACUAGUUAGUAUUGAACUGGUCUAUCUACUAGUUUGUAUUGAACUGGUCUAUCUACUAGUUAGUAUUGAACUGGUCUAUCUACUAGUUAGUAUUGAACUGGUCUAUCUACGAUGUACACUUUACAGUCUCAUGCCUUCUCUGUACAUAAAGUACGACUACGUUUGGCUUUAUGUUGUUUAGCAUUUAAUAUUUAAGGCAUGUUCUUUAUUUAAAAUAGUGAAAAAAAAACUUUUCUUUUGAUAUCCAACUUUUCAGGGUUUUUUUUUCAGAUCCUCAAAAAAUAUUGGAUUUAUUAAAAAUAUUCACCCUGUUGAAAUGUGCAAGUACUUCCAACAAAUCUGUUCCAUCAUUUGUUUGCCUUUAAAAUGUGAUUUAAAGGUUUAACCAUAUUAGAUGACGACUUUUAUUUCUAAUAGAUGUUUCUGUACAGACCCUAAAUUAUUUUUUAUAUGUAAUAGCGAAUUGUUUAUUUAGGUUUUUAAUUAUUUACUAUGUAUUUGUGCGCUUUGCACCCCUCUUUGUUUUAUUAAUUUCAGCUGGUAACAUUUUUUCUUUCACUUUUUAUUAAACCUAUUAGUAAGUCAUGAAACGUAUUAAAGAAGACGAGAACACGUUUUUCAAUUCUAGCUGUUUUUCUGCUUUCAUAGUUCAUACCCCGAAAUACACAUUUGCAAACCA